AUGGAUAAAGAUAUGGCCUGCGAGAGGUUCUCUCCUCCUUCUAUCUUGAGGAGUGUAUUAGGUGAUGAGAGUGAUGUUCUUGACCUCUUGAUUAUUGCUGUUCAUGAAACUUUCUUGAAGUCCGGCCUUGUUGGAUUCGAUUCGGUAUCUGGAACACGUGUUAAUGGACUUCAGUUCCCUGAAGAGUGGCCUUCAUCCGCUACCCCGUUGUCAGUUUCCUAUACUCUUCCGGAAGUUUUGGACAAGGAAGAUGUUUCUGAAUCAAUUGUUUUGAAUAUCCGGAGGGUGAUCAAUGGUUGUGUUGUAGUUUCAGGGUCUUUGACAGAGAGUAGGUCAAAGUUGUAUCUGACUUUGGAUCAGAAUAGAUUUGCCCCAGUUUUGGAUUUGCUGAGGAGAAAUUGUCUUGAUGAGGAUAAGAUGAGGGAAGUUUAUGAUUUAUGGAAAACUGUCAAGGAUCAGCUCGUUUUGCCAUUGUCCAUACAACUAUCCGAAAAGACUGGUGCGACCCUUCCACCAUGCUUUAUGCGCCUGUCAUCUUAUUUAAAGCGCAAGAUUUUGGAGUUACUUCCUGCCACCGAUGUUGCAAGAAUGGCAUGCGUUAGUUCGGAGAUGCAGAUUUUGUGUUCGAACGGUGAUUUAUGGAAGCAGAGGUAUGCGGAAGAGUUUGGAUAUGCCUCUGAAACAAAAAGUUGUGGCAACUGGAAAAACAGAUUUGGUUGGGAUUGGAAGAUUAAGAAGAACAAUUAUAAGAAGAAGGAGACAAGAUCAGAGUCGUACCUGCAGGAUUUCUUCGACUCCAGAGGCAGUUUCACUAGCCAAUUCAGGCCUUCUCUUUUGGCACUGAAUACUUAUUAUAAAGAGAAGGAAAUCAGUCCUAGCUCAAACAAAUGCAAAUUUUUAGAUAUGGAUGUUUUCUGCUGCUAG